AUGAUGCGUCUUUUAUUGAGAUAUUAUGGCGGGAGACAAUCCAGUUUAAUUGGCUUUAAAGUAUCGGUAUGGCUGCGUAGAAAUUCAAGAGCUUGAGAAUGACGCUUCAAAGACCACAAAAACCAAGAGAUAACUUUUAUUAAAAUCGCCAAUAACUUAAGGUGAGAUAUUCAUAUACUAGACAAAGUCGAUUACAGGCAAUAUUUCAUGUCACAUCCCAUCAUAAUGAACACAAGUGUCAAAAAUUUAUGCUGACUUUUAUUUUUUUGAAAGGACCAUCUAGAAAAGGUCACGUUUGUGUUUGUAGUGGGCGUAAGGACUGUUUUUUAAUAUGGUCUUGGAGGCCUGUUCAGUUUUAUUUUUAUAGUCAUGUCUUCUCCAGUAAAGCAAACUUUGAAAUGGGCUCAAAAGUUAUUGCCAGCAUGCGAUGGUGAUUUAAACCAUGCAAAGAGACAAUUAGUUUGGCUGAAAGAGAAAAUUAUAUCGGACCGUUCUGGCGGAGCAAUCCAUGAUAAGCUUUCAGAACAAGAACAAACUCAACUAGAAAAGUAUAUCAACCAACGCGUUUUUGAUCAUAAACCUUUACAGUACAUUCUAGGAAGUCAACCUUUUUGCGACUUGGAUAUUGUUACACGACCACCUAUUCUAAUUCCAAGAUGGGAGACGGAGGAAUGGACGUACAAGGUAAUACAAUUAAUGCACCAGUACUUGGAUAAAUCGAGACCUUUGCGAAUCCUCGAUAUAUGUACUGGAUCGGGCUGCAUUGCUCUUGCUUUGGCAAAACAUUUACCAAAAGAUUCAGCUCAAAUUAUUGGCUUGGAUAUAUCAAACAAAGCCAUUUCGUUGGCCAAUCACAAUCUGAAUAUCCACAAACUAUCCAUUCGAAACGCUGUGGAAUUUCGAGAAAAGGAUGUUUUCAAUCUAGACCUAAAAGAACCUGUCGAUAUGAUUGUGUCAAACCCGCCUUACAUAACACACGACGAAUACAACUCAUUAGAUCCGGAUGUAAAAGAAUGGGAAGAUCCUAGAGCAUUAGUAGCAGAUGAACAAGGGACUCGAAUUCAUAAGAGAAUUAUUCAGGUGGCUAAACACUGUCGACCCUAUAAUAAUGAUCUACCACGUCUGUUUAUGGAAGUGGGUGGCACUCACCAGAUUAAGCCGCUGACGGAAGAAAUGCAGAUUAACGGAUUAAAUGAUAUUGAGGUCUGGAAGGAUUUAGCAGACAAAGAUAGAGUUAUUGUUGCACACUAGUGUAUCAAAAUAGUUGCCGUAAAGAUAAAUGUACUUAUAGAGCACUUUUGAAAAUAAAAAAAUGCGCAUUGAUAUUCGGAAAUAAAUUAAAACAUUAAGCAGCA